UGUUCUCCCCUCAAACGUACCUGGGUUACGCACGCAUAAUAUCUACAUUAGCCCUCAAUUCGCGUCGCCGUCUCUUAAACCUUUGCUUCUUAUUUUCUCAUCGUUCGCAUGUGAUCCCCUUAUAAUGGAUCAAAUCGCCUCAGAUAUCUCAACCAUCGCAGCAGAUGACUGUCCCACGCCCACCUCUACCAUCAUGACAAACGCGAUAUUCGCUGAUGAGAAAGACGCCAUGAUUCCCGUUACUGAAGCCCCGCACGUGGAGCAUCAUCCUGCAGCCGACAGGACAUUCAUGAUUCGCACCAAGCAGCAGCCAUACCGCUAUCUUUCUCUCGAAAACGGCGAGUUAAGGUUACUAGAGAGCGUUGAGGCCGGAGGAGGCUGGCUUUGGCACUGUUUCAAGAACUGCGGAUGGUUCGGCUUUCGAAACACCGUCUCUGGCACGUACCUCGGACAUGCUUGGUGGGAUGGCCAACACAGGCUUCUUGCAAAAGCUCCUCACCACCAGGCCGACGAAUAUUUCAUAGCAGAUAGGCAAACCGAUGGCGGUUAUACACUUUUAGCCUUGAAUGAUAAUAAACUGUUGCCGGUAGCCAUCGCAGGGGUUCAUGACAUGCUGCUCAGGCAAGCAGAAGAGCCUAUUGGGACGGCGUGGGAGUUUGUUGAUACCAAAUUUAUUAGCAUGCAGGUUCAGCUGAAACGUCUCUGAAUAUUGGUUUGGGCUGGCUGGCAUGGAAAUUUACUGUAACGCAU